UUAACCGAUUAUUAUAUGGGAUAAUUAACCGGUUAUAGGUUAAUCGGUUAAUAAUCGGUUUGUGUUUUGGAAUUGGUAAUCGAUCAGGAACCGACGGUUAUUGAUAACCUAUAAUCGGUUUGUACGGAGUCGGUUCCUAACCAGUUAGGACAACCGGUUUUGCUUCGGGUCGGUUAGGUUAACCGGUUUUUUUGUGCAUCUCUAGGCUAGGGGGCUAUAAAUAAAAUAAUCUGGGUCUCGCCCAGGGCAUAUGUAUGUAUAUGCAAACAGAAUUAGGUUUAGAAAGUAUUAAGGUUUAGAAAGUAUAAGGUUUCUCAAUCUCAUGGCUCGCAAGAAUGACAAAAAACGUAAGGGGGACUAUCUUCAUCAUCCCUACAAUACUCGGAGUCGUCGUAGCAACACUCCUCCUCCUCAGCUCAAGGAUACCCCUACAGCAGCAGAAGCAGGAGAACCCGAGAAGAAAGUUCCCUUGACUUUAUAUAAUUCCAUUAAGCAAGCAAUUGCGGCCAGAAAGUUUUGGGAGGCUAAGAAGAACGAUUAUUCUCGGUUACAGUUGAAUUUUGCUGAGAAAUUUGUUAACCGUAUUGCUGAUUGCUACAAAAGGAAAAAUCUUUUGUCCCCUAACUGGAAAUACGAUCCGGCUAUUGCCAGCACUCAUGAGCCAAAGGACGCCUUUCCUUCAAUGCUACUGCAGAAUGGGAAGCCAAUAGUGCGUGAAGAUGGUUCAUACCGUGAUUCUUAUAUUUGCAUCAUAUCUUCGAAACCUGAAGUAGACUUUGUUCCCUUGAAAGAUUAUGAGCGUACAAGUUGGGAGGAAUUUAAGGAGUUAGCCGAGCGGAAUUUUUCUAGCAUACAAGGUGAUGGCUGGGGUAAAAAUUUCCCGUUGAGUACUGAACAUCCUUUUGUUAAUGUCAUUGGUGACUUUGCUGUGAAUGGCUUUAACGUGUCAUUUGAAACGUAUGUCGAGAAAGGCAACCACAAGCGCCUCACUGAUCCUACUGUUAAAAAUUGCAAAUACAACAAAAUGGAUGAUUUAUAUACGUUUAAGAUGAUCAUAGUGUGUGAUGAAGAUGGUUUUCGUGGCAUCUAUGAAGCUGUAGUUAUAUGCACUGAGGAUGACUGCCAAAAAACAUUGGGGAGGCUUGCCCUAAUUGGUAUAGAAAAUGGUAGGCGCAGACAUGCAUCCAGAUUUAAAACCUCUCAUGCAGGUGUAGGUUUGUGGCUGCCCGACAUUGAACGUACUGGGAUGUGUCGUAGGAGUCCCAUGUAUGGACUUACUUAUGGUUGUUAUGACUACCAUGACCCAAAUGACAUAGUUGGUUGACAUUACUUGUAGGGUACCAUGUUAGGCCAUGUCUUCAUUAUUUCAUGUUUUCAUUAGCUGACCUAGGGGUGAUUUUGUAUUUUGGGUUUGACCGGUGAGGGUCGGGCCGUGUCGGUUUAAGGCCCGUGCUCAUGGCUCGUUGAACAAUUCUUGGCAAACCAAAUAUGUAACAUGCCAAUCCUUGGAGACAUCGUAACCAAGUGUUCAACAAUAUAUUUCUUGGCAAACCAAAAACGUAAAUGCUAUUGUACUUUUUUGUACGUAAA